AUGAAAAUUCCCAUAAAUAUACUUGAACAACCUAAAGAAAUUGAGCUUCGAGUAUUAUAUUUUUUAAGCUUAGAUGUUAAAAUUCAUUCUAUAAAGCCCAAAGUUCUUAGAUGACUUUAAGGUACUUAUUAUUGAUCACAGUCAUCCAAUCCACAAAUUAUCACAAGGAUCAUUAUGUUUAAUAAUAGAUAAGCUUGAUUAUCAUAUUGAAAUAGCAGCUGAUCAAAUCCAAUAAAAUCCUAGUUUUUACUGUCAGACUUUAUUGUCUGUUAUAAAUUGUAUGUUAGAAUUAGAGUGUUAUCGGUAUUUAAUUUAAUUACAAUAGGAAAUUGUUUCACUCAUUAGAUCAUAUAUUUAAUAUGUUAGAAUAUUCAGAUAAUUUAUUAGUAUAUGAGUAAAUAAUGCUUAUUUUAAUAAAACUCUAUAAAUAACCUUCAAAUCCAAGUAAUACAUCAUAAAAAGAUUUCUGCAAUCAAUAAUUAAAAGAAUACCUUCCAAGAACCAUAUAUUUUACUAGAAUUCUGCUUGAUCAUUAUAAUAAUUUAUCUUCUACCAAGAUAGAGUUAAUAGAUUAUUAUUGUGAAGAUCCCCAUUAUCAAAAUCUUAGUGAUGCUCCAAUAGAAUUUCCUAAAUUGAUUUUUGAGUAUAUGGAACCAACUUAAUUGAAUGAAUCAUAUCAGGAUUUAUGCAAGAAUUGUAUACACAAGAAAGAAUUACAUCAACCGAUUUUUAUUAGAGUAGUGUCAAAAAUAUAAUUAGAAUUUUGAAAUUACUGAUGUCAAUUCCAACACAGCCCUAGCAUUGUCCAAGACAUUUCUGAAUCCACAAUAUUAAUAUUUCUGUCCUUUAGUUGAUGCCAUGAAAUAUAGAAUCCUUAUCUAUAGAGAAUUUUAAUAAAAUAGAAUUCCUAUUGUAAUAGUAUUACACAUACAAUCUCUCCUUAUGUAUAUGCUUCUAAGUUAAUAUUGCUAAAUCAAUAAUUGUGGAGAACUACUAGAUCAAGUCUUUGAGGAAUAAUUAGAAUAUGAAUAGCAUUUUAAGAUGUAUAUGAAAUUCUUUUAAUUGAAAACAGUUGAUCCUUUAUUAUUGUCUACAAUACUUUAAACAUUGAAUGAAAUCAUAACUCUCGAAAAAUAGAAUGAAAAUGAAGUAGCUUUUACUAUUGCCAAAAAUUAUGACGAAACAUUUUUAUAAUUUAUAUAUGAUGUUUUAUCCAUGAAUCCAAUUUCAAUUGAAAUAGAGUAGACAUAUCCAUUAUAAUAUCAUCCAACUCUUUUAAGUGAAACAUGUGCAAAAAGUUAAAAAUUAGCAUAAUGUAUUUUUACAAUAUUCUCAUCUGAACCUGGUAUACUCAUUUUAAAUAGGAGCAAUAUUGCUCUUGGUUCUUCUUCAGCCUUAAUUAGAGCACUUUAGAUAUCAGAUAAUAAAUUAUUAUUACCUCCUGAAUCUUUUAAAUCUGCUGUUACACUUUUAAGUCGAUUAUCAAGAAAAGAUGAUAUCUAAAGAGAUCUAAGAAUAUUUAAUGAUCUUAUUAAAAUUUUAGAAAAUUAGAUAACAUUUGAUACUGAUAUCUAAUAACCCACUUUAAAUGGUUAUUGCAAAAUUUCAUCAGAAGAGUCUGAUUAAAUUAUUGCAAUUUGCAUAUAAUCAAUAAAUGAGCAUUUUAGAGAUGAUUCAGGGAGAAGAUAAAAUAGAGCUAAUGCACCAACAUUUGCUAGAUAAGUUUCAGAAUCAACAAUAAUUAAGAAACUAUAAAAUUUAUUAGAAUCUACUCCUAAUUUUCUUGGAACAAUCUAAUAGACUUUAAUACUCAUCUCUCAUUUAGCUAAUGAAGUUCCUAUCUUAAUUGGUAGAUUAAUUGAUUCACAUUUGCCAUAGAUAUUAAAUUCAUUAAUUUUGUAAAUGAAUAUUGAAGAAAUUAAUAAUAAAAUGAUGACAGCAAUUUUUUAAUUUUACUUUAACAUAUCUUUAAAAGAAGAAGGUUAUGAACAAUUUAAUAAAUAUGGUAUGAACUUUUUGAAAACUAUAUCACAUUAUACAUUGAUUAAUAAUAUAAAUGCAUCAAGAGAAUAAUUAAGUGGUUUAGCUUAGUGUAUAACUAAAUAUACACAAAAAAUUGAUAAAGUUGGUCCUUAGGUAUGUUCAAUAUUGAAUUAAGUAAUAGAUUAAUUAUGGAUGCAUUUAAUAGAAAAGAAAAAAUAAUUAAAAAUUUAGGAUGUUUAUUUUUAAUAUUUUGAGAUUAUAACUCAAAUUUAAAAUUUAUCUAUUUUCAUUUUUAAGAUGUUUCAUUACCCUCAUUAUUCAUAUUUAGCUGAAAUGAAUUCAAGAGGAUUUUUUGAUUAAUUAUUGAUGUUCUUUGAAUUUCCAAUAUUUGAUUUUAAAAAUGAUUUAUUGAAAGUAUUUCGAUGGUUAACUUAAUUCGAUGAAUAUGAUAACCCUCAUAAAAUAUUAAAGAAAACUUUACUUACUAUAGAUAAAUGGGAAGUGUAAUUAGGAUAAAAUUUGGAAAAAGCUUAACAUUUUGUUACUGAUUAAUAUUACAAUUCUCAAAAUUAUUUUUUAAAUUGUAAUUAGGAAUAAAUAUAAGAAAAUCUUUAGAUGGCAUCUUGUUAUUCUUAAGUAGAAUACUUAUUAGAAAUUUUAAAACUUUAUUUAGUAAAUUCACCUUAGAUUGAUUGGGAAUAAUAAUAUCUUAUUAUUUUGAACAAUAAAUGUUGUGCUUUAUUCAGAAUAAUUAUAGAUUCAAUCAAAUUUAAUAUUUAAGAUUGUUAAAAUGAUUAAACAUUGAAAAAAUCAGUUUUUUAUGCUUAUAUUUAAAAUUUAAAACAUAUCAUUGUAAAUACUUUUAAUUAAAUAAUAAGAAAAAAGAAUAAUUUUUAAUCAUUAAUCUAAUUAUUUAUUCAUAUGAGUUAAAAAUUAGAUAAUGAAAAUUAAUGGAUAGUAAUUAUGUAUAUAUCAUUGAUUGAAGAACUUCUAUUAAAUCUUUUGGAAAGUAAGAGAUAACCUGAAAAUAGAUAUUUAAAUUUAGAUCUAAUAAAUCAAUUAAUGAAAUCAGAAUUUACUAAUAAUAUUCAAGGAGCACUUCAUUCAUAUACUAAAAUGAUUUAAUCUAAUUAAUGUGAUAAUGAACAAUUAAAUAUUUUAUCUAAGCAUUAUUCUACUAUUAUUAAGAUCAUGUACAUAAAUAAAUUCCAUAAAUCAAAUAGUGAGAUUGCAUAGUCUAUAAUACCUUAAUAAAUUUCAGAUAUAUAAGCUAUGUUGUAAAUAACUUAAUUUUCAAAUUCAGAUAAUAUUUAUAACAUAUAACUAAUUCUAAUUGAAAAAGUAAUGUUGAUCUUAAGUCCUACAUUUUUGUAGGAUUUGAUCAUUAAAGAGAGAGAUCGUUUAAAUUUUUUUACUUUUUCCAGUUUGAGAAAUGAUUUUGGUGAAUUUAACAUGAUUCCAAGAAAUGAUUCAACUCUAGCAAGAGAAUAAUUAAGGUGUAUGGGAUUUUAGGAUGAUGCAAUAUCUAUAGCUUUCUAAAAUAUUAGAAUUCCUGAUGUAGGUUAAGCUGCUGUCUGGUUAUCAGAUAAUUAAGAUAUGGUUGAAUAAAAAAGAUUAGAAAGUAAAAAAGGUUAAAAGAAUGAAUUAUGUAAAGAUUCCACUUCUGAUAUGAUUCAAUUUAAAUAAAAGGAACUCAAAAAUUAUAUUCAAAAAAAUAUACUUUUCUUUAGUAAAUUUGAGGAAACUUUAUUUAAAGUAUUUGAAGGAUAAAUGAUGCCUUCUUUAUUAAUGUGUUUAAAAUAAACAGUUUAUGAAUAAUUUAAAUUACAAUUAAAAUUUCAAGAUUGUCAAUUAAAUCUUAAGAGACCUUAUAAUAAUGAUUUAAAAUUGGUAAUCACUAUUUUACAUUUUAUUUAUAAAUAAUAAAAUUUGGUUUAAGAAUAUGAUUAUAUUGUGAUUGAAAUGAUGAAAUUAAUUUAAGAAUUAUUAAAAUAUGAAGAUGAAUAAACAAUUAGAGCAGUCAAUCAUGUUUUAGCAAUUUUAACUCUCUUCAUUACUAAUGAAUAUAAAUAAAAACAACAUUAACAUGAUAUCUUCAAUGAUAUAUUACUUGGUGUUCUUAACAUUUUAAAAGGGAAAGUGUAGAAUCAUACAACUUCUAAAAUCUGUAUUGAAAUAUUAAUAAGAAUCUUCUAAGUAAAUAAAGAGAAUAUUCAUAAAUUUGUCUAUUAAAUGAAAGGAUUAGAGUAUCUUCUAAAAGUAAAAGGAGAUUCCAAAAACCAUCUUUAUAGUUUAACAAAAUUAGUAUUAUCUAUUGUUCAUGAUUCAAAUAUUGUAAUUGCAUAAGUUGAAGCAAAAAUAAAAAAAAUAAUAUAUGAUUAAGAAUACAAUAAAGAAAUUGAGAAUACUCAUAGAUAAAUAUCAUAAUAAUAGUCUUAAAAUUUAAUGCAUUUGCCAUAGCGUAAUCAUUAUCCCUUCUGUUUUCAACCUAUUCAUUAUAAUAUACAAAUUCAAAAUGAAAUUAAACUAUCUAAAAAUAAUUAAGCUUUGGUUGCUGUUCUAAAUUAAACCUUUUACAAUGAAUAAAUCUAGUUUGUUAUGAAUUCCUUAUUUGAAAGUUAAAAUAAUUACUUUGUCCUUAAAAAAGGUAUUCAUCUUUAUACUUUUAAUUGUGUUGAACCAGGUAGUUUUUUAAAACAUAAAGAGCCAGAAAGUGCAAAAAGAAGUAAUAAGACUUCAACUAAAAAAAGAAAGAGUGAAGAUAAAUUGUAAUUAUAAUCAAAUUUUUAACAUACAUAAGAAGCCUAGAUUUUAUUAAAGCUUUUAAUUUAAUAAAUGAUCUUAUCAUAUUUCGAUAAAAGUGAGCAAUAUUAAUUUUAAUGGAAUACAAUAUGCUAAGCACUUUAAGUAUUAAUUAGGCGUUAUCCAAUUCUAAUUCCUAAAUUAGUUAGGAUUAAUUGUAGCAAAUUCCUUAAACCAUAUCAAAAAGAAUUAGGAUCAGAUUUUAAUGAUAAAGAAUUCCCUCGUAAAAUUUCAUUUAUAUCAUUAAUAACUAAGAUCAUGAUUCCAAUAAAAAAUUUACUUUUUGAAUUAUGUUUAGAUAAUGUAAUUUUAAAUAAGAUAUCUAAUAAUUCUAUUGCUCCAUUUUCCAUUGAAAUAAGAAAGAAGAUUAUUAGUGAAAUCUAUGAUGGAAUAGAAAAGAGAAUUAAAACUUUAGAUUAAAAUUUUUGUCAUUUAUCAGAUACAUUAGUAUUUUUAAUUUAAAUUAAAUCUGUGGCUAAGAUUUGCUUUAAAAAUAUUAAUGAACCACAAAAUUCAUUUAAUUUUAUUAAGGUCUAUAUAGAUGGUAUUAAGAAUUUUGAUUUGAAAUAAUAUUAUAUUCAUGAAAAUCAAUUACAAUUCUUAAAUGAAACACUUGCUGUUUUAUUUAAUGUGGCAACAUAUUUACUACUUUAUAAACCAUCUCUCCUUCUGAUAUCCAGAUAGAUUUAAGAAUAAUAAGGAGAUCAUUUUCAACUACAAGGGAUGAUUGGAUAAUUACUACCAGAGGAAAUAACCAGUUAACUUAUCCCAAAUAAAGGUAUAAUUUAUUAAGAUCCAAUGAAAUAUUUCAUAAAAUGGUCUCUGCUUCCUAUUUCUUUCAAUUAAGAUACACGAUAAAAUAUAAGAUAAGAUCAAAUUGAUUUAUAACAUUUAUGGUCUCCAUUUCGUAGGAGAAAUAGAUUUCUAGAUAUGGAAGUUUUUGAAAAUAUUGAAGAUGAGGAAGGUGAAUUUGAACUUGAUCAUGAUGAUGAUGACGAUGAUGAUGAUGAUGAUGAUAAUGAUAUUUAAAGUGUUGAGAGCAGAUAUGAUUCAAGUAAUAAUGUUUAAGAAUCAGUUGAGGAAGAAUUUGAUCAAGAAGUUAAUAGUUGGGUUACGAGUUAAAGUGGAAACAUUCAAAUUGAAGCUGAAGAUCAUUAAAAUUUAAAUUCAAGUUGGACUGAUGAAGAAGAUGAUUAAGUUGGAGAAGAUGGUCAAGAUGAUGAUGUAGAGGAAAGUAGUGAUUCUAAUAAUGAAAAUGCAUCAUAUAGUGUAUCACAAAUAUAAAACUAAUAGGAAAUUGAUUAAGAAAUUAUUCAAUAAAAUGUGUAAAAUUUAGAUUAAAAUAUUAAUCAAAAACAUUAUUGUAUUGUUUAGAAUGAUUAAUAUAAUUAAAUUCGUGAGCAAAAUAAAGAAAUUUAAAAUCAUUAUCAUCAUCUUACUAACAAAGAAGAUUUGAUAUUCAUGAAAAUGACUACAUAAAUUAUUUAAUUGAUAGGAGUUAAGUUCUCUUAGUAAUUUGCGAAAAUUUUAGAUUUAUUUAGUUUCUUAUUAUCUGAAAAUAAAUAAGUUGAUAAUUAGUAAUUUAUAAAUUGGUGGACUGAAUUGACUUCAUUUACUUCAUAAUAGAUAAUUCCAGAAGAAAAAGACAUUACUUAAUAAGAUAUAAGAAUUUAGCCAUUAAAUAUAUUUAGGGAUAGAGUAGGAAUGGAAUUCUUAAGAAUUGAUUAAGAUGAUAGAUCCAUAUCUGGAGUGUAAUAAAGUUCAUAAAAUAGAGCUCGAAACUAUUUAUAAUAAUUAGUAAGAGACUUCCCAGAUAGACAUUCUCAUUAUGGUAUUAGAUUAGAGUAACAAAGACAAUUUUAGGAAUAAAUUACAAAUAUAUAAUAUUAAAAUACAUAAAUGAUAGAGUCUAAUAAUUAAAAUUAAUAAUAAUAAUAAUAAUAAUAAUAAUAAUAAUAAUAAUAAUAAUAAUAAUAACAAUAAUAACAAUAAUAAUAAUAAUAAUAGUAAUAAUAAUAAUCAUCAUCAUAAUAAUACUAACCCUUAUACUAAACUUAAGACUAAACAUUAUAAAAUUUAUAAAAUGAGUAAUUAGAGUAAGAUAUAUUAUUUUAAUAAUUCUAAGCGCCAAAUUUUUAGCAAUAAUUUCAUUCCUAAAGUCCCUAAAGUCAUGAUUAUGUGUAGUUUGAGGUUUAUUCUCCCAUUUACCAUAAUUUAGAUGAUUAAAAUAUACUAGAACAAAAUUAAGUAAAUAAUCAACAAUAAACUAACGAUUAGCCAGAAAAGAUAGAGUAACAUUAACCUACUUAACAGUAAUAAAUUUAAUAAAAUAAUUAAAAUUAUUAAUAAACUUAUCCAAAGAGUUACAACCUUUUGAAAAGAGAAGGUAAAACAUUUGAAGAUCUAAUUAAAAAUGACAUUGAUCCAUCAGUUUUUGAAGAUCUAAAUGAAGAUUUGAUGAUGGAAGUUAUUUAAUCCAUUCCACAUGAAAUUGAUGGAAUUGAUCCUUAAUUUUUAGCCUCUCUUCCAUUAGAAAUUAGAAAUGAAAUAAUUCAAUAAUAUUCUAUGCCAAUAAACUAAACAAAACCUUAAGAAAUUUCUUAAGUUAAUUUAACAGAAAAUUUAUUCCUUCAUAAUGAUAGAAAUUAAUUGCAACAUCCAAGAAACGAGUAUGUUAUUCCUCCUAUAUAAAAUGUUCAAGAGAAUGGUCCCAACCUAUUAAAUAGACCUAAUUCUCGACUUAUGAAUUAUACUGCCUUUUUUUCAGAUAUCAUUCCUAAUGAAUAAAGGCAAACAAAUUAUGAUUAAUAGUUUUAAUUGAAAAAACCUCAUUUGAAAUCUUAAAAUUUAAAAUAGUUACUUUCCACUUAAAGACAUAUAAUUUAAAAAUUAGGAACUGUUGAAGAUGAAUUUACCUAAUCAUUACUAAGUUUACUUUAUGUAGAAUCUCAUAGUUUCAUCAAUUUCCCUAUUAAUCUUUUUAUUUCAUUAUGCAAUAUUUAAAAUGUUGAGUAUAAAUUAAUUGAUACAUUAUUCAUGAUAUUAAAAACAAAUAAAUCAAAAGAAUAAUAAAUCAAAUCUUUUCCUCCAUAAUUUAUGGUUAAAAGAUAUGGACUUGUAAGAGAUUUUAGUAAAAUAUAUAAUGUAGUUUCAUUAAAAGUCUUGUAUUUGUUUUCAAAAUUACAAAGCUCUUCUAUAAACUACUUUUUCGAAAACAAAAAGUAAAAUUAAAGUUCAUCAGAGAAUGUCUUAAACCUUCCCUUAUUAGAACUAAUCUAACUUUUGCCUGAAUUUCAAGGGGAACAUUAAGAGUUGCUCAUUUAGGCUAUAACAAACAUUAGUACAAAAUAACAGGAUUUUAAUUAAUUUAAAGUAAAGCUAGACUAAAAAUCUGUUGAAUGUAUUUGUAAGACUCUUCUAUAAAAUGUGAGUAAAAGUGUAAGGAAUUUUUCAAAUAUAAUUCAAAGUUUAUGCAACCACAAAGAAAAUUAAUUCUUAAUAGUUCAAUACAUUAAGGAAUAUAUAGAGAAAGCUAUAAAGGAGAUAAAUGAAAAAUUUAAAAAAACUGAUGAGAUAUUUAAUGGAGAUAAAGCAUUAAUUAAUAUCUUUCAGUUUGUAAGGGAUAUUAAUGCAAAAGUAGGAGAAAACAAUAAUCCAUAAGAUAUAUCAAUAAAUUUUAAAGAAUUAUUGGAGAGUAAAGAAUUGAUAGAAUUAUGGAAAAAUAUGAUAAAGUUUUUAUCAUAAAUACCUUAAUAAUCAAUAAUAAAAAUGACACCAAAAAUAUCUCCAUAUUUAGAAUGCUUUUUUAUUAUAUAUUAAAUAGUAAACCCAAUAAAAAAAAAUAAAUUGAAUCUUAAGGAGUCUAAGAAAAUUGCAUUGAUGGAAGGAUAACAUUAAGAAAUUCAAGAACAGUUACUACAUGAUGAAUUAUUUCAAUAGAUUUGUGAAAGUGGGAAACCACUAAUAAAUAUGAUGCUUAAAGAAAGAUUAUAAGAAUAUAAAGAGAAGGGGAAGAUUAUAAAUGAUAGCUUAGGAAUCAUAAUAAUUAAGAAUCCAAGAAUUGUUGAUUUUGAAAAUAAGUAGAAGUAUUUCAAAAUAGAAUUGAAAUAAUUAAAAACUUAGAAUAAUAAGCAUCAUUUUGGUAAUGUUACUGUGAGAUGUAGAAGAAAAGACAUAUUUAUGGAUUCUUAUCAUCAUUUUAGUAAAUUAAGACCUGAAGACUUAAAAGGAAAAUUAACUGUAGAAUUUGAUGGAGAGGAAGGAAUAGAUUAAGGAGGAGUUACUAGAGAAUGGUUUUUGUUAUUAUCUAAAGAAAUAUUUAAUCCUAAUUAUGCUUUAUUCACUCCAUCUUUGAAUGGUUAAAUGUUUCAACCUAGUAAUAAGUCACAUGUUAAUCCUGAUCAUGUUAAGUACUUUAAAUUUAUUGGUAGAAUUGUUGGUAAAGCACUUUAUGAUGGAUAAUUAUUGGAUACUUAUUUUACUCGCUCAUUUUAUAAACAUAUUUUAGGUUAGAAAUUAACUAUACAUGAUAUGGAAGAUAUUGAUUUGAAUGAAUAUAAAAGUAUGAAAAAGAUUUUAGAAGAAAAUGUGAAUGAUUGGGGAAUUUAUUGGACAUAUAUGGUAGAUAAUUUUGGUAAAUUGGAAGAGAGAGAACUUGUUGAUGGAGGUAGAUAAAAAUAAGUGACUGAAGAUAAUAAAUUUGAGUAUGUUCAAAUUUAUUGUUAUUAAAAAAUGGCAAAGGAAAUUAAAGAUUAAAUAGAAGCUUUUUUGAAUGGUUUUCAUGAAUUGAUUCCUUAAAAUUUAAUUAGUAUAUUUGAAUGGAAAGAAAUGGAACUUAUGUUAUGUGGUUUACCAGAUAUAGAUCGUAUAUUAUUAAUAUAAUUAUUUAAGUUGAGGAUAUGAAGGAGAACAUUGAAUAUCAUGGAUAUAUAAGAGAAGAUAAAGUCAUUUAAUGGUUAUGGGAAUUAUUGGAGAGUUUUGACGAAAGUAAAAGAGCAGCAUUUUUAUAAUUUAUAACAGGUUUUUUUUUUAAAUUUAUUAUUUAAAGGAACUUCUAAAGUGCCUCUUGGAGGAUUUAAGGAUUUAAAAGGUAUCCAUGGUUCAUAAAAGAUUUAAAUUCAUAAAAAGCAUUACAUAAAUUAUGAAUUACCAACAUCACAUACUUGGUAAGUUCUUAAAUGACUUAAAUAGUUUUAAUUAAUUGGAUUUACCAUGUUAUCCAACUAGAUAAGUGUUGAAAGAAAAAUUAGAACUUGCAAUUUUAGAAGGAAAGGAAGGUUUUGGCUUUGCUUGA